AUGUCAUCGUUAGCUGCUGUCCAGGCUGAUGGCUACUACUAUCCUCCCAAUUGGAGCCCUUCCAAGGGAAACAAGGACAAGUUUCAUCAUGUACGCUCUCUCUUCUCUUUCUUAAUUUUAGUCUCAUCCUCUUGGGAAUAG